UGUGUGUGUGUGUGUGUUCAGUGUUGACAGGCUGCUGUUACUGAAGAUGCUUCACUGCUGCAGUGUCUCUGAUGUCCAGCAAGAGUUUUCCUCAGUUCUGCUCUCCGUCCUGCAACACAAGCUGGACUUCUCCUGCCGUUCUGCUCUGGAUCUGACAACACACACACACUCUGAUACUCUACAUCUGACCACUGAGGACUGCCGUGUGGUGACCACAGUCAUUCAGAGAGCUCACACACACACACACACAAACACACAGCUGAUUCUACAGGACUGUGAGAUUAACACAGCUGGAAUGGACCAGCUGUUCCCAGUGUUACAUGCUGUUAAACUCUGCUGUGAUAAAUCUCUGCUGCUUCAGUUUCUGGCUCAUGUGAGUCCUGAGGAAGCGGAGUCUCUUUCUCGAGCUCUGGGUGACGAGGUGGACCUCAGUCAGACUCCUCUGGAGCCGCAGGUCUGUCGAGGUCUGGCGCUGAUUCUGGAAUAUUCUGAAGGACUGACUGAACUGGAUCUGAGUCAGUGCCGUCUCACUGAUCCCAGCCUGGAUCUGCUGCUCACAAACCUCCACAAAGCACAAAACAUUGAUUUUAGUGGCAAUAGCAUCACUGACACUGGGGCUCAGAGAAUCUACAGUGUCGUCUGUCGCAACAGUGACAUAAAGACAUUAAGGCUCUUCAACAACAGAAUUGAAUCCAGAGAGCUCUUCCUCACUGACCCACGAUUCGAGAUCUGGUGAUGAUAAUAAACUCUCUCUGGAAUCAACAAGCAGGUGAAACAACCAAUGCAGAUCUAGAGAGAUGAGGCUCGUGAAAAGGUAACGGGUGUGAAGACUUUUGAAGAAUCGGGCCAUCAGAGUCCCAGAGAUGAAUCUAGCAGCAGAUUUUAUACCAUAUACUGUACAGGUUUCAUCAUCAUCUUCAUUCUUCAGUCAUAAUCAACAGUGGGUUUCUGUUUCAAUAAAGCCCCUUUCACGCAGCGCGUUCAUCCCGGGAAAUUUAAUAAUAACUGUUUUGUAAAUGAACAAAUCCAUCUGUAAACUUUCUUUCCUCUUCUCCAUCCCUUUAUAUUAUUUGUGAUGCAGGUUUAUAGUUUUGAAUUUAGUUUUUAUUUCUAUUUUCAAUUUAAUUUAGUUUUCCCUAUAAUUUAGUUUUAGUGUAGUUAAUAUAGUAUUUUUUCUCAGUGACAGUUUAUUUUAUUUUUAUUUUAUUUUUAUUUUUGUAUUUUUAUGGCUUCUAAAGUAAAUAUGCUAACUGGAAUCAUUUGCAAU